GAGUUUCGGGGGCGGGGUCGUGCUUAAGGCAGCGGUGCUGAGGUGUUUGCGGGCGUAAUAUGGCCGCUGCGGCGAUGUCGGUGUGUCGGGGUGAGCGGUGGCGGCGGGGUCUGUUAGCGCUGCAGCUGCUGCUGUGUUACGUGCAUUUCUCGACAUCUGCUGAUGUGUCUCCCGCAGAGGACCUGUUUAUCGAAAAUGGAACCCAGGCACUGCUUCCCUGCAACUUCAAGUCAUUGGAGACCACCGGCACUGAGCAGUCUGUCACGUGGACAUUCAGACCGGACUCUGGGAGCAAUUUUGUGACGAUUUUUGUCUACUCCAAUGGCAACUCUUACCCGGGCAAUGCUGGGCAGUUUAAGGACAGAAUAAGCUGGGCUGGCGAACUCACCAGGAAGGAUGCCUCUAUCAAGGUGGACAACAUGCAGUUCAGAGACAACGGCACCUACACAUGCAUAGUGGUGAAUCUGCCAGAUCUUGGGAGCCUGUACAAGCAAAUCCAGCUAAGAGUGGUGGAGAAAGGUGAACAAAAAAACCUGCCCUUAUCGAAUGGCCCAUUAUUGAUUGGGAUCAUAUGUGCAGUAAUAAGUGCCCUCCUUAUCAUUGCCAGUAUUAUCUUUGCGGUUUGCAUCUAUAAGAAGAAAAAGUCAAGAAAAGACUACACCGGCUGCAGCACAACUGACAGCUUGAUGGCUCAGACUCCUGUUAAACAGCCGCCACGCAAGUCUCCCUCUGACACGCAGGCUUUGGUAACCCAAGUACCCUCUGGAUCUAUUCAGGGGCCAGUAAUCUACGCCCAGCUGGAUCACUCCGGAAAGACGAGCAACCAGAUCUACAAGUCCGAAAGGGUCGUGUACGCCGACAUCCGUAAAAUAUGCUGACUUUCCCGUCUUUCCAACCUUCAUUGUGGAACUGGAACUACUUGCCUGGAAGCCACGCGUGGCCUUGUAAGCCGGGGACCAACGCAUGUGACUGCGGGGACCACCCAGGAGUGUAUUUCAGGGGAGACCUGCACUUAAUAAUAAGAGCUGAACCCAAUGAUUCCGGUGCCCUCACCACUUCUCUCCGCCAGCGGGCACAGCGCGCCAACCUCACGUGUAUCUCAUUCCCUCCUCUCCAUUGGGGAACAGUGACGGCACGGCGACCGCUCCUGAUCGAUUUCUCUAUGUGCUGCGGCCGAAGAAACCAGCUCUGCGUUUCAUUCUGCCUUUGCACUUUAUAUAGUGAUAACCGUAUGGUUCUUCUCAAUUUAACCUGCGCCCACCAUCGAUCUCAGGUAUGAGCAAGUGUUGGCACGUAAUUGGCAUCGCCGAGGGCAGUCCCCUCUAGUAACACUCCUGAUGUAUUCUCUGUAUUGGGGAAAGGGCUCUUCUUUCCGGGGGCUUUUCCCAGAGAAGGCCUUCCAUUAGUAGUUCCAUGCAUCCCGGAGCUGUGUAUAUUAUCCAUAUUCUUUCCAGCCAGACAACCACUUUACCCCUGUGCCACUGGUCAUUACCUCUCGUACCCCUGCAGUGCCAUAUGCAAUAUAUUGUACACAGAAGGCUUUCAAAAGUGGGGAAAAGUCCCCCCCCCGGGAAACGGCGACUUUCUCCCUAACAGAGUGGUAUAACCGUAUAUUAUCGCUUCAUUUACCCAUAACCACCGUGUAAAUAUUCUAUUUAAGCCGGCAGAGACGAACGCUGCAUGCCCGAGUGCGCUUUUUGUUUUUUUUUGCCAUAUUUUUUUAUGCUAAUAUUUAAGGAAAACUGGAAAAUCAGAAUCUAAAAUAGAAAGUAUAUUUGUAAGAGGUUAUAUAUAAAGUACAAGAGGUGCCGGUGCCACGGGGGCCACUAGCCUGGGCAUUCGGGCACCGCCUGCAGAGGCUCAGAGCUCCCUGGGUGCUGCAGGAUUUUCUCAUCUCGGCUUGGAAAUUUACUUGGGAAACAAUCCCAAGGAGCCACUCGCAUCCGUACGGUAGGGCUGGGUCGGGUAUCUCAGAAUAUUUCUGUGUUUAAUGUAAGAUCGGGGAAACUGGAAAAUACCGAUACCAACGUCGGACCGACCCAUUCUUACUAGGGGGGCAGGACUGGAAAACAACCCCAGGGAAUACACACUGAUACUGGCCGACCAAUGGUACCCUGUGUCCCCAUAGAACAUUCCAGCGUGUAAAUGGAUAGACCACUGCCUAAUCUUGCUGAUAUUUAGAAGUAUUGGGUGCUGCUAAUAACAUGCUUAUUGCCCCCCCCCAAUCCUGCCCCCUGGUAACACUACCACUAGGAGUUAUUGCUAUAGCCCUUGGCUGCUGCAGGCUCAGUGCAGUGGUGGCGCCAUACUCACCCUGCUCCGGUAGCCACGCCCCUUCCAUGCUGCCUCUCAGGGCGGGGUCUCUGGCAACUUGGGGGGCAAAUCUCCAAUCCAUAGGGGGCAUAAGGCACUUCCUGCUGGCAACCAAGGAUCUCCCUGAGAUAAAUAUGUUUAAAGGGGUGGUUCACCUUUGUUAGCAUUUAGUAUGCUGUAGAAUGGCCAAUUGUAAGCAAGUUUUUCAUUGGUCCUUAUUAUUUAUAGUUUUUAAAUUAUUUGACAACUUAUUAUUUUCCAACUUUCAAAAAGGGGGUCACUGACCCCGGCAGCCAAAAAACCCCAAAAACAAUUGCUCUGUUUGGCUGCAACUUUAUUGUUACUGUUACUUUUUAUUACUAUAAAUGUAUCAGUCACUCAUUCAAAGCACUCUGUGGUUGCUAAGGGAAUUUGUACUGUAGCAACCAGAUAGUUGGUGAAAUUCUAAACAUUUUAAAAAAUGAAGAUGAAUAUCACUUUCUGCAUCAUACUAAAGUCAGCUCGAAGGAGAACAACCCCUUUAAGGUCUGAUCCAUCCAACAUUCAUGAGAAUACAGAGGAGACUGCCCGGCGUCUAUGUUUAGGGAAGGCUUUGUGAAUAAAGCCCCAGCCAGCGCCUGUACCCUCGCUCGCCCCACUGCCCUCAGCACAUACUGUCACACUGGGACUCAAUAGAAGGCUAUGGGUGAAGACACACGGAGCUACUUAGCAGCAGCUACCAAAUCCCCUGCCACAGACAAUACUGAGAAUUGCCUCUGCUAAACACACGUAGGGGCAAUUAUCAGUGAAUAAUCAGCAUUGUCUAUUUUAGUAGCUGCUACUAGUAGCUCUGUGUGUCUUCAUCCAUAAAGGGGUGGGCGAGAUGCACCUUGCCAAUGGCAGAGCCUGUAGAAGUAGGCGGCAGUCUCUCAAACUGACAGAAGGGGAACCUGACCUCACCAAUGACUAUUACUGGAGCGAGCUGCAUUUAAGAGGGGGCUAAUGGGGGGUUGUAUAGAACCUGUUGCUAGGUUACAGCACAGCAUUAUACUGGGAACUGGGUUCUCCACUAGGAAUAACACUGCCCAUUGGACUGGCACAAAGCUGUAAUAUCACAUGGUCACACUACGGCCAAUGGAAUGUGUGCUAUUGACGUAUCCAUUCCUUCCUGAUAGGGUUCUGGCUGGAAUCAAACCUAGAACCUCAGCACAGCCGGUAUCAGCUAAUACUGCCUUUUGGGUUUAACCCAUUAAACACUACACCAUUGGCCUUGUUACCCGGCUUUACUCUCCCAGUUUCCCACGCCGCCGGUUAUUCCCCAUAGCGGCACCCACUUCUCUCAUCUCUUGUAACCAUUAAAGGGCUUUUCAUUGUUACUCACUCGUUACUACGUCGACUCCUUAUUUUGCUGCUUGUGCGACCCUUGAAAUCGGGAUCAUUUCGCCUUAUUUCAUUCCUGUAUCGUAAUCAUGUAAAUAGUUUGAAAUAAAACAAAAACAAACGCCCACAAA